AUGACGCGGGUUUCCUGCUCUCGGCCCACCGCCUGCUCCGAUAUUCAUGGUGUGCCGGCUGUGUCGCAUCAGUUAAAUGCUGUGACCGAGGACAUGUACACCAAUGGGUCUGCGGCCCUGAGUAGCCCAGCCAGGGGCCAGGAGGUGCGGAAAGUGCGGCUCAUACAAUUCGAGAAGGUCACAGAGGAGCCCAUGUCGCUAGUUCUAGGAGACUUUGAGGACAAGGUGCCUAUCGUCUAUUGCAGGCCUGAGAUCGAGGAGAAGGAGGUAGUCUUCAAUGGUCAAUACAUAACUGUGUGGGAGCUAGAGGAUAGUGCCCAUCUCUCGUGGCUGAGUGUCCGCAGCUCCCUUCGUGUGGGGGAUGAGAUCCUAGAAAUCAAUGGCACAAAUGUGACUAAUCACUCGGUUGAUCAGCUACAGAAGGUAAUGAAAGAAACCAAAGGAAUGAUCUCAUUAAAAGUAAUUCCCAACCAGCAAAACCGACUUCCUGCACUACAGGAGGCAGGCCUGCAGUUUGUUACUGGGGACGUCAUCCAGAUCAUCAACAAGGAUGACAGCAACUGGUGGCAAGGGCGGGUGGAAGGCUCCUCCAAGGAGUCUGCAGGACUCAUCCCUUCCCCUGAGCUGCAGGAAUGGCGAGUGGCGAGUAUGGCUCAGUCGGCUCCAAGUGAAGCCCCAAGUUGCAGUCCCUUUGGGAAGAAAAAGAAGUACAAAGACAAGUAUCUGGCAAAGCACAGCUCAAUUUUUGACCAGUUGGACGUUGUUUCCUAUGAAGAAGUUGUUCGACUCCCUGCUUUCAAGAGGAAGACCCUGGUUCUGAUAGGAGCCGCUGGGGUGGGUCGCAGCCACAUUAAGAAUGCCCUGCUCAGCCAGAAUCCAGAGAAGUUCAUGUACCCUGCCCCACAUACCACACGGCCACCCAGGAAGAGUGAGGAGGACGGGAAGGAUUACCACUUCAUCUCCACUGAGGAGAUGACAAAGAGCAUCUCUGCCAAUGAGUUCCUGCAGUUUGGCAGCUACCAGGGCAACAUGUUUGGGACCAAGUUUGAAACAGUGCACCGGAUUCACCAGCAGGGCAAAAUCGCCAUCCUUGACAUCGAGCCCCAGACCCUGAAGAUUGUUCGCACAGCAGAGCUCUCACCUUUCAUUGUGUUCAUAGCACCAACCGACCGGGACACUCAGACGGAAGCCCUGCAGCAACUGCAGAAGGACUCCGAGGCCAUCCGCAGCCAGUACGCGCACUACUUUGACCUCUCGCUGGUCAAUAACGGCGUCGACGAAAUCCUGAAGAAAUUACAAGCAGCCUUCGAGCAGGCGUGCAGCUCUCCCCAGUGGGUGCCUGUCUCCUGGGUGUACUAA